AAAGACCUUGACCUUUUUCUUAUCGGGAAAUACCGAGGAGAAAGUCCAAGUGGUUGUAUUCUAUCUGUUUUGCUAAUUUCAGCUGCUAAUAAUGGGUGUCAGUGUAGAAAUUCAGUCUGACUUCGGCUAUGUGGUUUUAGUCAUCGUGGCUACGUGGGUUUUGCUGAACUGGCUUGGACUACAAGUUGUUAAAGCAAGACGAAAGUAUGAAGUCAACUACCCCAUCAUGUACUGUACGGACACAUUCGGUGAUGGCCACAUGUUCAACUGUGUGCAGAGGGCUCAUCAGAACACACUUGAGGUGUAUCCUGUGACCUUGGUGCUAUUAAUUUUUGGAGGACUUGAAUUUCCAAAAGUUAGUGCCUUGUGUGGAGUUGUGUGGAUCGUCAGUCGUGUCGUGUACGCAUAUGGCUACUACACUGGAGAUCCGUCAAAGAGGACCCGGGGUACGUUUGGGUACGCUGGUCUCCUCAUCCUCCUGGUCAACAGCAUCAUCUUCGCCCUGGAUAUCCUGGACUUUGUGUAACAGAAUAGGUGUGGCCAGAAGAUUCCUGUGUCAUCUGCUUCACCUGAUAAUCAAUGUGUACUGAUGAAUGGUUCUGUGGAAGAUUUUAUAUCAUUUACAACCCCAUGUUGUGUUUGUGUCCAUUGUUGAAGUCACUGACGGUAGUUGUCAAACCAGGAUUACCAAGAAAUCCAUGUUCCCAGUUUACAGCAAUCUCAAUAAAAUCAGAUCUUACUUCUCACUAUCUCUAAACAAAGAUCUGAUGACAUCCCAUUAUGGGUCACGUCAGAAUGACCUUACAUCCGACCAAUCAAAGUGUAGCUUACCAGAUCAUGACCGUGACAGUCAGAAUGUGUUUUCUAAUCAUGCAACGUCGCAAAAGUUAACAGUUAUAUACCAAAUGACAGUUACGGGUCGUACGGCUGAUUCCAUCAAAAUCAUCGUCUAUCUCUCGCUUCCAUGGGAGAAACAUUUGCUCGGAAGAGGCAUUGCACAGUACCUGGGAAGCACUGCCAUACAAUCUCAACCAUAUUAUUAGACAUCCCGAAAUGUUCGUUUGUUCAGUUUUCAAAUUUUAAUCAAGAACUGUGUCAACAUAUUUUUCAAGCGUGGUCUGAAAUGGUAGUCGCCUGGCUGAAAUGAGUGCCGUGAAGCUUGAGAAAGCUGUUUUCAAAUUGGCUGAUGUCGACUGCUUGUUAGUCAUUACAGUGGUCGGUCAAAGUUCGUGAAAGGUCGUGUUGUGACCUGUAAUGCGAUGUCCUCAGAUCUUUGUUUUGCGGCAGCGAGAACCUUAUUUUAGUGAGAUUGCAGUUUACAGUGAGAUUAUAUGACUGUCUUUGAUCCCUCAAAUUGAACCUACAGUACAUAUUAAUGUUAGUGCAUAGAAUAGUAUGUGCUAAACCUACUAGACAGAAAUUGUUUUACCAGUACUUGACCUGACAAGUGGCUAAAGUCAUAGACUGACAAGUCGUUUCUCAAUCUCAUUAAAAUCAGAUCUUAGUUCUCGCUAUCGCUAAACAAAGAUCUGAGGACAGCCCAUUAUGGGUCACGUCAGAACGACCUUUCAUCCAACCAAUCAAAGUGUUGCUUACCAGAUCAUGAAAGUGACA